CAGCGCAGGGUAUGAAUAGCUGCGCUCCCCUCUGCUCCCAGGCACUCGCUUCCCUCCCCGCCUUCCCGCUCUGCCUCGCGUUCUCCCCGCAUCCUCCUGCCCCGCGGCUCCCCCGGCAGCGCCCAUGCUGAGCACGGAGAGUUUGGCAGGGCCGAGAGCCCUGGGAGAGGAAUCGCUGCAGAUGUGGGACCUCAACAAGCGCCUGGAGGCCUACCUGGCCCGCGUGAAGUUCCUGGAGGAGGAGAACGAGGUGCUGCGAGCUGAAAUCCAGAGCGCCAAGAGCGGCCCGGCCGGCGACUCGUGGCGGGCGAAGUACGAGGAGGAGCUGCGAGCCCUACGGGAUGCGCUGGAUGUCGCCUUCAGGGAGAAGUGCACGGCCGAGCUGGCCAGGGACAACCUGUACGAGGAGGUGCAGCAGGUGAAAAACAGGUGCCAGAAGGAGCAGGCAGCCCGAGAAGAAGCUAAGAAGCAGCUGUCCUUGAGCAGGAAGGAGCUGGAGGAGGAGAGGAGAGCCCAGAUCUGGCUGAAGGAGAGAGCUGUGCAGCUGGAGAAGGAGGUGGAAGCCUUGCUGGAGGUGCACGAGGAGGAGAAAGCAGGGCUGGACCAGGAGAUCGCCAGUUUCUCCCACAGCCUGGAGAGUUUCCGCUGUGCCCCGGUGGCUUUCCAGCCGGUGGAGGUGGAGGAUUACUCCAAGAGGCUCUCGGAGAUCUGGAAAGGGGCGGUGGAGACCUACAAGGCAGAGGUGGCUCAGCUGGAGGGGUCCCUGUGCCAGGCCAAGGAGAACCUGUGGAAGGCGGUGGAGGACAACCAACAGAGCCAGCUGCAGCUGCAGCACCUGGAGAAGGACCUGGCGGGGCUCAAAGCUCGGAAGGAGAUGCUGGAGGAGAGUCUGGCCCGGCAGUGGCAGGAGCAGCGCGGGGAGGCAGAAAAGUUCCAGCUGGCCAUGGAGGCCCUGGAGCAGGAGCAGCAGAGCCUGCGGGUGCAGAUCGCCCGGGUGUUGGAGGACAGGCAGCAGCUCAUGCACCUCAAGAUGUCCCUGAGCCUGGAAGUGGCGACCUACAGGACGCUGCUGGAAGCGGAGAGCAGCCGCCUGCAGGUGCCCGCCGGGGAAUUCAGGGUGGCCAACGGUGUGAGAGAUCUCAAACUGGAGGUGAGCAGCAGCAGAGCGGUGCCAGCCAGCCCCGAGGCCAGGAGGGUGCUGCCCUGCACCCCCUUCCCCAGGGCGACCAAAAAACCCCAAAGCGCCUCCCUGACACCCCAAAGCGCCAGGGAGCUCCAGAAAAUCACCUCAGCCCUCCAUGGCAGCGCUGCCAGCAGGGGUGAUGGGCUGGGGGCUCGCACAGCCAGCCCCCCCCAGGCAGGCAGAGCCGCCCCUCCCCUCUCCCCGGAGCCGGAGAGCUCUGGGGGGGAAGGUCCCGCCUGGCCGGGAGGAGAUGAGGCAGCGAUGAGCCGAGGGACGGAGUGUCCCCUGUCCAGAGCCCCGGGGGACAGUGGCAGUGCCAGCCUGCAGCCCCUGGGAGCUGCCCACAGGCUGCAGUACCCGGCCCAGCUGGUCAGCGAGGCGCUGGAGGAUGCCCUCAAGGCCAUGGAAGGGGAGGCUCAGCCCGAAGAGGAGCCCAGAGCCAGCUCCACGUGGGAUGUCCGUGCCCCCAGCCCCGUUUCCCCCCCCGAGGCUGUGCCAGAGGGGCCUGGGGAAGGGCAGGAGCCCUCGGAGGGCUCUGAGGAUGGGGAGAGCCCCGAGGCAGAGGAGAUGGUGGGGGAGGUGCUGCUCCAGGGGCUGGCUGGGGACAGCAGCAUCCUGCAGGACACAGCCCCGUCCCCAGCGGGCAUGGACCCUCCCUUGGGCACCUCGGGGAGCCAGGAAGACCUGGGAGCCUGGGAGGAGGAGGAGGAGGAGGAUGAGGAAGUACCUGCUGUGCUGAGCCCAAGGGAUCCAGAAAUGGAGGCCCAGGAAGGGGACAAGGAUCUCCCUGGACAGACAGAGACCAGCUGGGAAAAGCCAGAGCAGGAGAGAGCAGAGACCCCCAGCACAGAGCCAUCCCACCCCUCAGAGGAUGAGGAGGAGGAGGAGAAGGGAGAUUUCCAGGAGGAAGGAACAGAUGUGCCAGAAGAGGAGUGUCCCCACGGAGAAGUGGAAACUUCUCGUGCUGUCCUUGUGGAAAGCCACCUGGUUUUGCCCACAGAAGGUCACCUGGAGGAGGACUUUGCUGAUGCAGAGCAGGAAAGGGCUGAGCAGCAGAAAAUGCCUGGGUGUGAGAUGGACCUGGCUGCAGAGAAGGAAAGGGAACAGGAGCUGUGUCCGGAGCAGGAGCCCUCGAGUGUCCCCGAGGCCAUCCCAGCAGAGGAGCCUCCCACAGGAGCUGAAGGAGAUGCCGUGGCAGGGGAGAACACAGGCAGAGAGGAAGAUGCUGAGGGAGAAGAGGGAGAGGCUGGCAGGGAGGUGCUGGGAGGAGAGGAUCAGGGGGUAGGACAGGACCCCAUGGCAGGAGAGGGCUCUGAGUCAGGAGAAGACCUUGGGGCAGGAGAAGACCUUGGGGCAGGAGAUCUUGAGUCAGGAGAAGACCUUGGGGCAGGAGAAGACCUUGGGGCAGGAGAUGUUGGGGCAGGAGAAGACCAUGGGGCAGGAGAAGACCUUGGGGCAGGAGAAGAUCUUGGGGCAGGAGAAGACCUUGGGGCAGGAGAUCUUCGGGCAGGAGAGGCUGUGGCAGGUGACACCCUGGAGGGGGACAGCAGAGCCCCAGAGGAGCCUGAGGAGCUGCAGGAAAGAGAGGGGGAGGAAGAGGAGGAGCUGGAGCCCGGAGAGGAGCCCUGGGGACAGGGGGGUGAUGAUGGCAGUGGCCAGGAGCCCUGUCCAGAGGACUGGGAGGUGACAGCAGGGGACACUGAGGGACUGAUGGGGGCAGAAGAGCCAGCCUGGUCAGAUGACACCCUGAACAGUGCAGGAAGGCUGGAAAGUGAGGAGAGAGGUGGCACAGGGCCAGCAGAGCUGGAGGAGGCCCAGGAGGAUGAUGAGGGAAAUGCCAAGAGCCAGGAGAUGAGGCAGCAGCAGGCACUGCCAGAGGCUGAGCCAGCAGCAGAGCUGGCAUGGCAGGGCAGCGUGGCACAGCCUGAGCCAGCCCCUGCAGGUGCCCCCAGGCCAGGGGACAGGCAGGAGCUGGCAGGGGCUCCAGAGGAACCACGGGGGCUGCAGGGUGAGGACACUGCUGAGGGGCUCAGCCCAGAGCUGGGGGAGCUGGAGAGCUCAGGGCUGGUGGCACUGGGACAGGUGCCAGGUGACAGUGAGUGGGCAUUGGAGGAGACCCCCAGAGCCACAGAGCUGGUGGCACCAGGACAGGUGCCAGGUGAGAACAGUGAGAGGGCACUGGAGGAGACCCCCAGAGACUCAGGGCCCACAGAGCUGGUGGCACUGGGACAGGUGCCAGGUGAGAACAGCAAGUGGGCAUUGGAGGAAACCCCCAGAGACACAGAGCUCGUGGCACCAGGGCAGGUGCCAGGUGACAGUGCUGAGUGGGCACUGGAGGAGACCCCCAGAGACACAGAGCUGGGGGAGCUGGGGCAGGUGCCCGGUGAGAACAGAGAGUGGGCACUAGAAGAGACCCCCAGAGCCCCAGAGCUGGUGGCACUGGGACAAGUGCCAGGUGACAGCACUGAGUGGGCACUGGAGGAGACCCCCGGAGCCCCAGAGCCCUCAGUGGGCACUGGCAGGAGGGUGGAGCUGGAGGACACCCUGCCAGACAGCACGCCCCUGCACCUCUAUCAGGGGGAGGUGCUGAUGGGCACAGCCAGCCCCAACCCUCCAGAGAGUGAGGGCACCAUGGGGACAGCUCCUGGGUGUGCCACAGCCCAGGAGGGUGAAGGGUGGCUGCCGGGGAGGGACAAGCCACCAACUCCCAGCAUGCCAGAGAGCCCUGAAGAGGAGGCAGAGGGGGCUGAGGAGGAGGAGGAGGAGGAAGGUUAUUUCAUGGUCUCUGCUCCCAGCCAAGAGGUGUCCAGCUCAGAGGAAGCUGAGAUCCCUGAGGACUUUGAAGAAAUUAAAGUGGAAGGAACUGAAGGCGGCCAAGAUGAUCUGGGGGCUCCUGGAGAAGCAGCUCCAGGGCCAGAGGGCAAAGAGCACCUCGAGGGGCUUGCUGCAGAAGCAGAUGAGGAUAUGGAGAUGCCCACUGAGGUGCCAGAGGAUGAGGAGGGCACUGCCGAGCUGGAGGAAGGCCCAGAAGAAGAUCCCAGCUACCUUGGGGUGAUGGAACCAUCCCCUGGAGGUUCUGAUGGGCCAGCCCAGGGUGCUGCAGGCUCGGCAGCAUGGCAGGGACCAGAGCACCCAGAAGGGCUGGCUGCUGAACCCCGUGAGGAGCUCCAUGCCACAACUGAGCUGGAGGGGGAUGCCAGUGCAGCAACAACCAUGCUGGGGCUGGCAGGACAGGAGGAGGAGGAGGAAGAUGAGGAUGAGCCCAGCACAGCUCUCCAUGACGCAACCAAGGCCCCAGCAGAGCUCCAGGCCCAGGCAGUGCCUGAUGAAGCAGAGCAGGCCCUGGAAGAGCAGCCAGCCACGGAGGGGGAAGCCCUGGGCAGUGAGAACCCUCCUUCCCCCGGGGCCAACCCAGCUCAGCUGGGCCCUGCACUGGGGCAGGGAGGUUCUCCAGAGGGGAUUCCCGACAUCCCUGACACAGCUGCUCUCCCUGCAGAGCUGCCAGUGGAUCUCGUGAGAGCCUCGGGGAUUUUGGAAAUAGUCGAGCAGGCCCUGGAGUUCAACCAGGAGCUGAUGGGGGGGAGGGUGGCAGAGGCUGAGCAGGGUCCUGGCAGGAGACAGCCCUCCCGGGAGGCAGAGGAAGGCUCUGAGAUCCCCCGGGGUUCAGAGGUACACCCCGAAUUCUCCCCGGAUGCAGAGGAAGGUUCUGAGAUCCCCCGGGAUGCAGAGGAAGGUUCUGAGCCCUCCCAGGAUGCAGGGGAGGACCCAGAGCUGCCCCGGGAUACAGAGGAACACCCCGAGCUCUCCCGGGAUGCAGGGGCAGAGCCCAAACUCUCCCGGGAUGCAGAGGAACACCCCGAGCUCCCUCGGGAGGCAGAGGAAGGUUCUGAGCUCUCCCGAGAUGCAGGGGAGGACCCCGAGCUCUCCCGGGAUGCAGGGGAGGACUCUGAGCCCUCCCGGGAUGCAGGGAAAGGCUCUGAGCUCUCCCAGGAUGUAGAGGAGCACCCCGAGCUCCCUCGGGAUGCAAGGGAGGACCCAGAACUCUCCCGGGAUGCAGAGGAACACUCUGAGCUCUCCCGAGGUUCAGAGGAAGGCUCUGAGCUCUCCCAGGAUGCAGAGGAGCACCCCAAGCUCUCCCAGGAUGCAGAGGAGCACCCCAAGCUCUUCCGGGAUGCAGGGGAGGACCCCGAGCUCUCCCGGGAUGAAGGGGAGGACCCAGAGCUCCCCCGGGAUGCAGAGGAACACUCUGAGCUCUCCCGGGGUUCAGAGGAAGGCUCUGAGCUCUCCCGGGAUGCAGGGGAAUGCCCCGAUCUCCCCCGGGAUGUAGGGGAGGACCCUGAUCUCCCCCGGGAUGCAGGGGACUCCUCCUCUCUGGCCUCAUCCAGCGAGGAGGAGCCCACGGUGCAGGAGGCCCCGGAGACGGAGGGCGCGCUGCGGGCUGAGAACGGGCUGCACCGGGAGGCCAGCCUGGAGGAGCUGCCUGAGUUCCCCGAGGAGAUGCUGAACGGCACCACCAGCACAGCCCCGGAGCAGGAGCUCCCCACAGACCCCACAGAGCCCUCGGGGGUGAUGCCACCGCGGGCCCCAAGCCCUGGAGGUGGCACUGCCACCAAGCUGGGGGAUGGCAGCCUGAGGGGGAAGCAGCUGAGCCCCGUGGUCGCUGCUCCGGGGGAGGAUGUCCCGCGCCUCACAGCCCUGCCACCAGCGUGUGGCCUCAGGGCUGAGCAGGAGCCCUGGUCCUCAGGGGACGAGUGACAGCAGCCAGGGGCAACCUUCUGGUGGCCCCUUCCUGCCAAAACCCAGUGCCCCCCCUUGUCCCACCCCUCCUGAUGCUUCCCCAUCUCCCCGUGGGUUUUAACACGUUUGUGUGGAUUUUUUGCACCCCUUUUCAGAGUGAAGAACCACCAAGUUUUGUUGCACCCCCACAGCCCACCCAAAUUCUCGUGCUUGCUCUGGGAUCCCCGCUUCAUUUUGAGUUUCCUCCUGGGUGGGUUGCCGUGGCUGUAUUUAAUUUAAACUCUGUGUUUUCCCAUUCCCUGCAACCUUCCCUCUCCAACUCCUCCAGUCUUUGCCCCAGGGUGUCCAGCUGGAGGUGAGGGACCCCCCAAACUGCACCCUGGGACUCAGCAGUUUGGGGUACAUCACCCCAGGGUCCCCAGCCUGACCCUGGGGGCUGAGCCACACUGGAUGUACCCACCACCUCAAAAUUAAUUUAAUAAAGCCUACUCCUCCCCUCA